CGAUUGGAUGGACGGGUAGUUAUAAUUACCGGCGCCAACGCCGGCAUUGGCAAAGAGACGGCAUAUCAACUAUCACUUCGUGGAGCAAAGAUAAUCAUUGGCUGUAGGGAUGAGUUGAGGGCAGAGAAUGCCAUCAAAGAGAUUGUGUUUCGGAAUCCAAACGCAAACAUAAUUCACAUUAAACUCGAUUUGUCUUCUCUUCAGUCGAUUCGCGCAUUCGUUCAACAAAUCUAUGAAAACGAGACCAAAAUUGAUAUUCUUGUGAAUAAUGCCGGCGUUUGUCUCAUACCUGAGUCCACCACUGAAGAUGGCUUUGAGAUGACUUUCGGGACAAACCAUUUG